AUGACGGAACAAGAAUUCUUGGCCCGCCUCCCCCCGUGGCUCAGUCACUGGUUUGGCUAUCGAGCCAGUCCUCCCCCGCCGCUCCCGCAGUAUCAAAUCUGGCUGUGGUCCUUUCUGUCUGCCUUCUGCGGCCUCUGCUGUCUCCAGGCCAUCUUCAACUACUCCCACUACUUCCUCGACCGCCAUGUCCCAGGGAUCAUCGCAUCCUACGGCGCCUCCGCCGUCCUCGUCUACGGCGCCAUCGAAAGCCCCCUCGCGCAGCCCCGCGCCCUCAUCUUCGGCCACUUCCUCAGCGCCCUCGUCGGCCUCUGCAUCACCAAGCUCUUUAGUCUGAUGCCCGACGAGGACCGCUUCAACUCCCUGCGCUGGCUGGCCGCCUCACUCUCGUCCGCCGUCGCCGUGGUCGUCAUGCAGGUCACGCAGACCACCCACCCGCCCGCAGGCGCGACGGCCUUGCUCCCGGCCACGAAUGAUGCGGUCUGGGCGUUGUCGUGGUACUAUCUGCCGGUUGUGCUGCUAUCCUCGACCAUGUUGCUGGCGGUGGCCUUGCUGGUGAAUAACCUGCAGCGUCGCUACCCGGUCUUCUGGAUUGCGCCGGUUCAGGCGAUUCCCGCGUUGCCGAGGACGGAGGGGAAGUAG